UUGGUACAACUUUCAGGGAGGUGGGGCAUUUUGUUUAUGUUUUGCGCGUCCCGCGGUGCGUCAGGCUGCGUCUGGGUGUGUACGUCGUGUCCGAGGUUAUCUUCGAAAUUUCAGGCACUUAAUUCGGUCCUUGGAGGGCCCCUCAGAAGUCAUGUCUCGGCGUUCUGGCCGCUUGGAAGCCUCGAAGGAAGGGCCUAAGGUCGUCGUCCAGCAAGUCCUGCAGGUAGAUCCUCUUGCACCGGACCCUCCAGCCGCCCUUGAGCCACCUCCGGAAGGUCCGCAGGCCAAAACAAAGCCAGAGUUGAAGACUCGCCUCCGCCCAAACCGUUCAUCAUGGAGACAGCGUUUUUCACCUCCGCCACCUUCCAAGACCAAGAUCAAGAGAGAGGAUGGGUCUCCGAUAUUGCCCAAAGCAACCAAACAAGAGCCUGUCGAUGAACCUGAACCUGAGUCUGAUGAGGCGCCGGCGGACGAGGAAUUAAUAGAGCAGGAACCUGUGGAGGAGUUGCAGGAGGAGGAACAACAUGUUAUGGUUGUGUCAGAAGGCAUUGAGAUGGCCGAUGAGGAACCCAUGGAAACAGUGGAGACGGGCUCUGAACAGACGCAAAUCAUGGAGGUCAUUACUGAAGAGACCUCCGAGGCAGACAGAAUUUGUAGCGUCGUCCAGCAAGACCAGCUUAUACAGCAGUUUGGUCUCAACCUGGUCAACAUGAGUACACAACCACACUCAAGAGCAACGAUCCUUGCUGUAUCUCAACGGAUGAUAGAGUUAGUUCGACUUUUGCGGGCUGCCCAGGCCAUGAAUGAAGGCAUUGACAGCCUAGCCUCACUUUUCCACAUAGAUUACUGGCCACUUAUUCUCGAAUCCAUCAAAUAUGUCUGUGGCUAUGAAGAGGGAACUGCAAAAAACCCGCAGUACAUUUUUGACAUAGGCCAGGCCUUGCGGUUCUGUGCGUACAUUUUGAAAAGGGAGGCUCAAGAAAAUGAAAACGCUGCCUAUGAGGAGCAGGCACAACAGUUCCUUGACUCCAUCGAAGCCAACAUGUCCACCGUCAGCACCAACCAAACUGUCACUGUUUGCACAGAGCAACCAGUGGUUGAAGCAGAGACUGUGGCCGCAAUUGUCACCGAAGAGCCUAGCCAAUAUAGGGUGGUUUUGAGCAACAAUGCCAGUGGCGAUUCACAACCAGUCACUUUAAGCCUACAGGUGGGUAAUGACAACAUGCCUCUGCCAGGCACUGUUCAGGUUGUGAAAAUCAUCUCGACCCCCUCCGGCAAGAAGGGCAUCAUCAUCCCCACGCGCAUCCUCAGCAAAAAGGUGUAGGCAUGCAGCCAAAAGUACAAACAGACUGACUCGCCCAAGAGUGUGCUUUUAAAAGUUAAUUUAUCUGUGGCACAGCCGUGGGGUUGGCAUCGUAGCAAUAAACUCUUUCAACACUUAAAAUGUUUAAUUAUGCUGUCUUGAUGCCAGGCACCAGGCAUAUAAAAAAGUCGUUCAAAAAUGUACCAUUUUUCUUGAGAAUGAAUGAACGAACUAAUUUAAAUAUUAGUUAUUGCGUACUGUGUAAGCAUAUUUAUUCAGUAAUUCGAUUUUCUGAUAACUUGGUCUGUUGGUUCAUUUGCUUUGUUUCUCAUGUAGUGGGAGUUGUGUCUGACUAGGAAUCAUUUCAAUUUGAUGUCAUUAUGGAAUUCAAACUAUUUCAGUUUUGUUAAAGAAGCAUUUUUUUAAUAUAAAUACUGUACAGAAAUUU